UACGUCCCCGCCGUCAACUUCAUCUUUCAAAGUUCAAAGUUCAAAUCAGCCUCGUGCUUGAAGAAGCGAGCUCGCCAGCCAUGCAGUUUCCCCUCUGUUUCUCCAGCUAGGCCACUCAGUCAAAUAUACGAAUCUCACAUUCACAUUCCCACAAAUGAUGCACCAGUACGACGAAUUGUAGUAGUAUAUAUAGGGCACAAAUCUAUACCAUCUUACACAGCUCAAAUCCUUCUGCGUGCAAACAACAGUGCUUGCUUACUUCUGAUUACCUUGAUCAAAGCAUUCACUCACGACAUAUAGUCCAGAUGGCCAACAGUUCCAAGCUUCUCUUCUCCUUGUUUGUUCUUGUUCUUGUAAUUACCUCUAGUUGGGUUCUGAUGGUAUCAGAAGCACGUCCUCUGAGAAUUGGUAGUGGUUUGUUUGUUAUUGAUGGGUUGUACAUUGAAGCAAUGAAGGCUGGUGGAGGUCCAAGUCCUGGUGGAAAAGGUCAUGCCUUCAGCAGUUCUCAAAUUCUUGGAGGAAUCAAAAAUGGAGGUCCAAGCUCAGGAGGGAAAGGUCAUGGCUUCACAGAUUCUCAAAUUCUUGGAGGUAUCAAAAAUGAAGGUCCAAGCUCAAGUGGAAAGGGUCAUGCCUUCACUACUUCUCAAACUCUUGGAGGGAUCAAAAAUGAAGGAGGUCCAAGUCCAGGUGGAAAAGGUCAUGGCUUCACCGAUUCUCAAAUUCUUGGAGGUAUCAAAAAUGAAGGUCCAAGCUCAAGUGGAAAGGGUCAUGCCUUCACUACUUCUCAGACUCUUGGAGGGAUCAAAAAUGGAGGAGGUCCAAGUCCAGGUGGAAAAGGUCAUGGCUUUACGGAUUCUCAGAUUCUUGGAGGCAUCAAAAAUGGAGGUCCAAGUCCAGGUGGAAAAGGUCAUGGCUUCACUGAUUCUCAAACUCUUGGAGGGAUCAAAAAUGGAGGUCCAAGCUCUGGUGGAAAGGGUCAUGCUUUCACCAAUUCUCCUACUCUUGGAGGGAUUAAAAAUGGAGGUCCAAGUCCAGGUGGGAAAGGUCAUGCCUUCACUAGUUCGUAUCCUACUCUAGGACUUGGAGGGAUCAAAGAUUCUGGUCCAAGCCAUGGAGGCAGUGGAAACUAAUGAAGUCCAUGCAUGGUUGGUUCAAGUCAUAAGACAGUAAUGAUUCUUUCCAUUCUAUUUUACUAGUAAUUCAUUCAAUUUUUGUUAUCCUAUUUCAUUGAUUGAUGUCGAGGUGUCUAAUCUCUAAGAAUAAUGUACUGGUUAAAGUCAUGUCUACUGUUGGUGUUUGACCACCAAAA